CUGUCAGGACGGCGCGGCGCAUCGCUCCGCCCGGCGCGGGGUGAGAGGUCGGGAAGAUGGCGGCGGCCUUGGGCGAAGAGGCGCCGGACAACGAGGACUACUACGCGCUGCUCAACGUGCGGCGAGAGGCCUCUCAGGAAGAGUUAAAAGCUGCCUACCGCCGGCUGUGCAUGCUGUACCACCCAGACAAGCACAGAGACCCAGAGCUGAAGCUGCAGGCUGAGCGGCUGUUUAACCUGGUUCACCAAGCUUAUGAAGUGCUUAGUGAUCCACAGACCAGGGCCAUCUAUGACAUAUAUGGGAGGAGAGGACUGGAGAUGGAAGGAUGGGAGGUUGUGGAAAGGAAGAGAACUCCAGCUGAAAUCAGAGAGGAGUUUGAGCGUUUGCAGAGAGAGAGGGAAGAGAGAAGACUGCAGCAGAGAACUAAUCCAAAGGGAACCAUCAGUGUUGGAAUAGAUGCUACGGACCUCUUUGAUCGUUAUGAUGAAGAAUAUGAAGAUGUGCAAGGGAGCAGCUUUCCCCAGAUUGAAAUAAACAAAAUGCACAUAUCCCAGUCCAUUGAGGCACCACUGACUUCCACAGACACAGCAAUACUGUCUGGUAACCUUUCUACCCAGAAUGGGAACGGAGGUGGAUCAAUUAAUGUUGCUUUUAGACGAGUGACAUCUGCCAAGGGAUGGGGAGAGUUGGAGUUUGGAGCAGGAGACCUUCAGGGGCCUCUCUUUGGUCUGAAGAUAUUCCGUAAUCUUACGCCAAGAUGCUUCAUCACUACCAACUGUGCUCUGCAGUUCUCGUCCCACGGGAUCCGCCCAGGUCUCACCACAGUUCUGGCCCGCAACCUCGACAGGAACACGAUGGGGUACCUGCAGUGGCGGUGGGGCCUCCAGUCAGCCAUGAACACCAGCGUUGUCCGGGACACGAAAACCAGCCACUUCACUGUGGCGCUGCAGCUGGGAAUCCCCCAUUCCUUCAUGAUGGUCAGUUAUCAGCAUAAGUUUCAGGAUGAGGAUCAGACGCGGAUAAAAGGCUCUCUAAAGGCAGGGUUCUUUGGGACCAUUGUGGAGUAUGGAGCAGAGAGGAAGAUUUCCAGACACAGCAUCCUAGGAGCCACCGUCAGCGUUGGUGUUCCCCAAGGAGUGUCUUUGAAAAUCAAGUUGAACAGGGCUAGUCAGACCUACUUCUUCCCUGUCCACCUAACAGAUCAGCUGCUUCCCAGUGCUGUAUUCUAUGCCACUGUGGGACCCCUGGUUGUCUACUUUGCCAUGCACAGGCUAAUCAUCAAACCCUACCUCAGGGCGCAGAAGGAGAGAGAGCUGGAGAAGCAGAGGGAAAGUACUGCCAGUGACAUCCUUCAGAAAAAGCAAGAGGCAGAAGCUGCAGUUAGGUUGAUGCAGGAGUCUGUCCGGAGGAUAAUUGAAGCAGAGGAAGCCAGAAUGGGUCUGAUUGUAGUGAAUGCCUGGUAUGGGAAGUUUGUUAAUGACAACAGCAGGAAGAAUGAGAAGGUGAAAGUAAUAGAUGUGACUGUGCCCUUGCAGUGCUUAGUGAAGGACUCCAAGCUCAUCCUCACAGAGGCAUCCAAGGCUGGGUUGCCGGGUUUCUAUGAUCCCUGUGUGGGUGAGGAGAAGAGUUUGAAAGUGCUUUAUCAGUUCCGGGGAGUUCUGCACCAAGUGAUGUCAGCUGACAACGAGGCCCUCAGGAUACCAAAGCAAUCUCACAGAAUCGAUGCAGAUGGCUAAAUCUGAUGAGAGCUGCACGUCUGUUACAGUACCUGGGUCAGCAGAGACAGCAGAACCUUCCCCCAGAUGCUACAAGCUUGAACAAGAGACAUUUUUAUUUUUAUCUGUAUAGCAGGUGGUGGCUACCAGUCACGUUAGGAUCAAAAAUGAGAGAACCUGCUUCCUGAGGUGGCUUCAAAGCAAUACUUCUCAAUUGUGGCUCAGUAAUCAAUAAAGCAAUGUGACUCUGAACGUGCACUACUUUCUGCUGAGGUUGUGUGAGCAGGCUCUGAGCACCACCCAUCAUGCAGCCAAAUCUUUCCUGCAGCAAUUUGGCCCAGUCUGUUUGUGCAUUCUCACAUAGCCUUCUGUACUUAGCAAGAAAGAAGACUUGUUCUUACUACUUCAUGUACUUACUGAGGUAGGUAACAUGCCUUUUUCCACACCUGAGUGAAAAUUCUUUGUUAAGGCCACCUCCUGGGAGUUUUCUGUGUAAAUCCUUUCGUUGGAAAGAGGGCAGAGAUUGUUUUCCACACUAAUUCUGUAUUUGAAAUGCACUUGUUAAGAACAAGUAUGUUUGGAACGGAGUUCUUUGCUUUUUGUAAUGACACGGACCUCUUCCCUAUGAAUCCAUUCAGCUGCUCUCUUCAAACACUGCUCUACCAGACAAGGACACUGGGUAUAACUGUCUUAUUAAUUCAUUUUCCUGUCAAGGUGUUCAGGAGACCAGGAAAGCAGAGAGCGGGGGGGGAAGGACAGCAAUUCAUCUUAUUUCUAGGAAAAAAGAGCGUGGUUCAUAGGAGUAAACCAGACCAAAGUGAGGAGUGGCACAAAAUGGGGAAAAGAGCUGAAAACCCUGAAUUCAGCUGCCACUUCUGCUGCAGCAUCAGAUGUGAGGUAAACUUGUUGGAUUUGUCCUGCAUGGAAGCUGUGCUGGUAAUUUACCAGCAGAAAGGGCAGCGCUGUUCUCGUGACACAGCAGGUAGAAGUGGCAGCCGUGUGCUAUUCCAGUUUUGGUGGGAGUUUUGUGGUGCUUUCCUUACAGAGAAAAGGAAUAAUCAGGCUGUUUCUGAGCCACAGCUCUGCUCUUGGUGAAUCCUAGGGCAGCUUCCAUUGCUUCCAGGGGAGAGACAGGAAACAAAGGGUCUUGGCUGUGUGUUGUUGCAUUACCAUAAGUCACUUCCUGAUGUGCACCUGGCCCCUUUUUCUGGAGUGCCAUUCUCUGCUCCAGUCACGGUCUUAAGAUGACAUGCAGGAGGGCAUUUCACAGGACGAUUAAGUUUCUAAAACCAGACUCAUUUGAGCUAGGCUGCAAGGAACUUCUCCCUCCAACACAAGUUCAUACAACUAAGUGUUCACUUUUAAAAGUAAAACAAGGCUCUGCAGUUGCAACCAGUUCCUGGUGUAGGACUCUAUUUCACGUAUGACCAAUGUUCUGUUUUUUUUCUGAUACUAAAUGUAAAAUGUGCAAUAAAUUAUGUUCAGCUGA